AUGACUCCUUCAUCGAGGCCUGAUGGCCACCUCAACCUCAACUAUCUUCCUGUUUCACAACCAAUGUCCGGUACUUCAACGGGAAGCUCGUCGCCAAAUGAACAACCGGGUUCAAGUUCUAUGAAGUCUUCCUUUGGAGGUUCAAAUGGGUUAAACAGCACUGGAGGAGCUCUUGGAAGUGCCAGAAUGGGGGCUGGUUCCCCUUCUCAUGAUCUUGGCGCUCGUUUGUUCUCCAAGAGAGCUCGAGAGAUUCAGGCUCAAGAAGGUCUUGCUCCAAAUAUCUGGGGACCUCCAACCAGUGGCAACUCGACGCCUCUUCGCGAGAACAUACCGGAAUCCCCAAGCCAGGAUGAAUUCCCGGACUUGGCGCCUGCGCCCGAGAGCAGCCUCACUAGCCCUGCCCGUCGAACGAGAGCGGGGACAGUUCCUUCCCGUUUCUCUCCAGUUGGCACACUGAACGGUGUUGGCCCUCAGUCGUUCACCUCAAAAACAUCCAGACCCACGCCUUCAACAAGCCCGUUCCGCCCUCAUGCCGUGGCAGGGAUAGACUCCUCUAGCAGACCGCCUGCCCCUGGAAGCGGAAGCAAUACAGCCUUGCUUUCACGCCUUCGUGCCGGGUCCAUGCCACAACGUACAAGUGUGCUUGAUGGUUCGAAUCCGUUUGGGCCUUCUUUAUUUUCCACCAACUGGUCGUCAGGUAGGGAGAGAGCAACUACUUUAACGAGCAUCAGAUCAUCCGAGGGGCCCACGUCACCAGCGCAGUCGUCGUUUUCAAGAGAUGGGCUCGCGGAUGCGGACGUUAAGACCUUGGACUACCUUGGGCUUGCUGAAACUCCACAGCAAGCCCGAGUACAACUUGUCCGCCCAUCCGUCGACCAGCUCAUGCAACAACAACAACAGCAACAACAGCAGCAGCAGCAACAAACAUCAUCCUUACCUCCCCUUCUUGCUGACCUAGUAAUGAUAAAUAAAAAUUCCAAUCGGUUCCGCUCCUACUCUGUAAAUGCCAAGGAGAAAUACGCCGAAGACGACGAGGAUCAAUAUGAACUUCCGUAUCCGGGUGUUCCAUCGGGGUCGAUAACACCUUCAGCCGCUGCAACUGCUGCCCAGUUAGCUGCGACCCAGGCACAGAUUCAUCAACACAACUUAGCCGUGCAAGCAUUUGCCAACCAUGCAUCUGUGAGCCGCCCACGCCCACGUGCCCGUACUGCCGGCGUUUUGGAUACUCCUCCUCAGCGCUCAUCGAUCCGCAACUACCUUGCGACUCCGUCUAGACUUGAUAACAGCCUUAGCAUUGCAGACUUACGUAUUUCGGAGACUGCCGAAUAUGACGAUCUCCCAGAAGCAGUUCAGGUGUUGCAACUGGGCGGAAUGCAAAGCUUGCGACAAGGCCAGGAAAUGGUGGAUGAAACUAAUCUAGACGGUCCUACCAGAGCAUUGUGGAUUGGUAGCAUUCCAGUCUCAACAACAGUGACUUCUCUGGACGCUAUCUUCAAUGUGUAUGGCAAAAUCGAGUCGACAAGGGUUCUGACCCACAAGAACUGCGGAUUCGUUAAUUUCGAACGUGUAGAAAGUGCUAUUCAAGCCAAUUCCCUUCUGAAUGGCAAAGAAAUAUUUCCAGGUGCUGGACCCGUCCGGAUCGGCUAUGCGAAGGUGCCAGGGACAUCUGGUACGGGUACUCCCGGCCAAAAUGGUGACCACCAAUCGCCCACUCCUGACCCAACUUCCAGCGGCUUAGGUCGGGGUGGAACUAAUUCAGGUGGACAAGAUGGGACUUCCGGAACGGACCAAGCAAACGGACCUGCUCCCAACACACCAACUAUUCCACAGUUGGUUGAAUUGCAACCAGAAAUGACCCAAAUCGUUGCCGAAUUUGAUGCAUCCGAAGAAGAAUGUCAAAAUAUUACAGCGAGCAUUCAGCGAGCUGUGGUUUUCAAGUCAUUUGUCGAUGAAAUUCCUCCGAUUCCAGAACCAAGUCAAACUCGGGUCCAUGACGCCCCUAGACUCCGGGAUAUUCGAAAGCGGAUUGACAAUGGGACUCUUGCAGUGAAUGAAAUCGAGGAGACAGCAAUCGGGAUGCUUCCUGAGAUUGCUGAAUUGUCUUCCGAUUAUCUUGGCAACACGGUUGUCCAGAAGCUGUUCGAAUAUUGCUCAGAACCCACCAAAGAAAAGAUGUUGGCUGAAAUCGCUCCUCACCUUGCUGAAAUUGGUGUACACAAGAAUGGAACCUGGGCUGCACAGAAGAUUAUCGACGUUGCCAAGGACUCGACGCAGAAACAGAUGAUUGUAGAAAGUCUUCGUCCAUACACUGUGCCGCUGUUUUUAGAUCAAUAUGGCAACUACGUGCUGCAAUGUUGUUUGCGCUUUGGUCCUCCUUAUACCGACUUUAUUUUCGAAUCUAUGCUCAGUCGGAUGUGGGAGAUCGCCCAAGGCAGAUUUGGUGCCCGCGCUAUGCGGGCUUGUUUGGAGAGUCACCAUGCAACGAAGGACCAACAGCGAAUGCUAGCCGCAGCUAUCGCCCUACAUAGCGUCCAGUUGGCGACAAAUGCAAACGGUGCUCUCUUACUUACUUGGUUCCUCGAUACAUGCACGUUUCCACGUCGACGAACUGUUCUCGCCCCGCGCCUUGUUCCCCAUCUUGUCCAUCUUUGCACUCACAAAGUUGCGUAUUUGACGGUACUCAAGGUUAUUAACCAGAGGAACGAACCCGAAGCUCGCGAAACAGUACUAAAAGCUCUGUUCUACAGUUCUGGAGAUGAAACUUUGGAGAAAAUCCUCAGCGACCAGACAUCUGGCGCGACAUUAAUAUUUAAAGUUCUUACAACACCCUUCUUUGACGAGAGCAUGCGCGGCGAAGUCGUCAAGACUGUCGCAAAAGUACUAACGAAAUUGAAGACUACACCAAGCCAAGGCUAUAAACGACUUAUGGACGAGGUUGGACUGUCCUCCCGGGGCGGAGGAAACUCUCGGGAUAAUCAUCAUUCCAGGGACAACCAAAACGCCCAAAAUCCUAAUAAUGAAAAGAAUCAACACCGACCCUUAUCAUCUAGACAAACGAGCGCCAACAGUUACAAUUCUCAGUCGCAACCAGAGAGACAAUACAGUGGACAGUUUGCAACAGGACUACAGCCUCAGCAGUCCUUUGAUUCCCCAACUACAAUGGCACGAUCUAUUUCAUCGGAGCAGACUCUUCCUCCUUAUGACAUUUACGGGAUGGGUGGAGUGAAUGGUGUCAACGGACUCGUGAAUUUGUCUUCUAUGAGCAACAAUCACCCGUUUCCCCAGGAAUCAGUCCUCCCCAUCAAUCAGCAACAGCUCCAAUACCACGCAUUCCUCGCCUCGCAACCCCGUGGUAUGUCUCCUGGUGGAUUUUAUGCCCCUCAGAUGGCAGGGGCGAGCUUCAAUGGCUUCCCGUCUGCUCCAGCUGCUCUGGACAGCUUUCGAACCAUGCAGUCGCACUCGUCGCCCCUCCCCGGGCCUCCUCCGCAGAUAAGCGCAAGUCCAAUGCUUCAUCAGCCCCCAUUUGCUCCUCCUCCGUUCAACCAGGCUGUGAAUAAUGCUCAGAUGUAUCCAUCCUACCCCCAACAGUUCUACCAAUCCCAAGCCGCCCAGGUUCCACCGCCUGGCGGACGCCGUGGACGUAGAUGA